GUUACAGUUGUAGAAAGCAUAGGGUCGUCGGUCAUUAUCUAAAUCGAUUUCCCCCGUGAUAAAAUAGGAACGUGGCAGGGCACUGAGAUUAUUCCGAUAUGAAAUUACUAUUUAUGGCUUGCCUGAGUCCUAAAACUGGCAACUGUACAACAGCUGAAAGGAUCAGGGAGCACAUUGAAGCAGCAGGUCAUACCUGUGUCCUUCGAGAUACUGUUGACUUUAAAAGUCCAGAGGACGUAGCAAACCUACUUGCAGAAGAGAAGUACGAGGGGGCACUCGCUAUUCACCUCUAUAAAUCAGGCAGGCUCCUACUGGACAGCUGCAUUCCGUUUGGGAUUGUGUUUGGAGGAACCGAUAUUAACGAAGAUGUGAAGGGUGAAACCAAAAGACUAGUCAUGGGGCAGGUGUUGCAGAAAGCAAGGUUUGCUGUGGCAUUCUCAAACAGAUUGAAAGAAGAGGCAGAAGCCUUUUGGCCAUUCCAUGGGAGUAAAAUAUAUGUCCAGCCUCAAGGGAUUGAGACCAAAGCUGUCACAUGCUUCAAUUGGAGGAGCUUUCUGAGGUGUACAGGUAUAGAUAAUGAAAAUGUGGAAGACUUGCACGUUUUCAUGCUGGUGUGUGGACUGAGAAGAGUAAAGGACCCUCUCUAUUUAGUAAAUGUGUUUUCAGAAUGGCACGUGGAAGAUCCAUCUGUGUAUCUGAUAAUCAUCGGACCAGAGAUUGAUCCUUUGUUUACCAAGGAAGUGGAACUGAAUGUUAAAAGAGCGAGGGGGGUGUUCCUAGCACCGGAGAGGUCACAGGAGGAACUGCACGCUGCCAUGAGGAGAUCAUUCGCCCUGGUGAACAGCUCCAUCUCCGAGGGCAUGUCAGCCGCAGUCCUGGAGGCAAUGCAUCUGGGAGUACCAGUACUGGCAAGAAACAUCCCAGGGAAUGCAGCCAUAGUAAUACAUGAAGAUACAGGACUCCUAUUCUCAAGCCCUCAGGAGUUCAUUGAGCUCUCCAAGAGGCUGAUCAGGGAGUCCUCAUUACGGGAACGGAUUGUUUGCAGUGCCAGGGCCUAUGUGAGGGAGCAGCACAGCAGAGAGAAGGAGAGGAUCACCUACCAGCAGCUUCUUCAGCACCUACACUGA